CAGCACAUUUAGGUACUUCCCCAAAACUUUUAGAGCAUUUUCAGACAUCUUCACCUUUUGUAGUCUUAGGUCGUGUGUGUUCAGCUCUGCUGAGCCAGAUAGCAAAACCAGAAUAUAGAUGUGAUGCCAAUUCAUGAUUUCUCAGGGUCUGUGUAGGGAGUAAGAAAGAUGGAUGAAGAAGAGGUUCAUAUCGCGAUCGGGAAGAAUUUCAGAAAGGAGAAAGCUAACAUACUAUGGGCUGCUGCAAAUUUCCCAAGGGCUACCAUAGUUCUUAUCCACGUUCAUUGGCCAUCCAAGUGGAUGCCCUUCAUGGGUGGAAAGCUGCUAUACAAGUUUGCAGAUGAAAAGGAGAAGGAGAUGCAUAGAGGUAGAGAAACGGAGGCAAUGGUCAAGAUGCUAUCACAAUAUAAAAGCCUAUGUGAUGAUACAAGAGAGGUUAGGGCACAUUACCUUACACAUGAUGACAUUCUUACUGGUGUUGUAAACCUGGUAAAGAAGCUCAAAGUCAAGAGAAUUGUCAUCGGGUCAAGUAAUUACUUGAUGGAUGAGUUCGUUCUUAAGUGCAGCAAUGAUCAUCUGGAGCAUACUGGAGGCACUGGAUAUGGAGGGAGCUCUGAGUUUUUGCCAUCUAUGCAUGAGCUGAGCGACGAAUCUGAUGGCUAUGCAACACCACCAAGUGAUUUUGAAGACGAUGUCGUGGAUGAGGAUGGGGUGAUUCCAAUGGAUGGUGAUGAACAAUUGGAAAAGGAAGCUGAACAAGGCAUUUUGGAAAUAAAUGCUUCUGAGUUAGUGGGCAAAAUUUCUGGUGAUGACAUACGGAAUUCCAGAAAUAUGAGUGAAGAGUCUGAAAAAUUGAUGGAGGAAAUGGAAAAACUACAAAGGAAAUUGAAAGAGCUGCAAGAUGAGGGGUAUAAUUAUGAAGAAAGCAUCUUGUCGCCAAGAAGAAAGAAUGUAUUGUUGAAGGAGAAAACGUUACCAAAACAAAGAUACCCAGAGCUGCAAAUCCCAGAACAUAUUGUGCAGUACUCCAUGUCGCGUAUUGGGAAAGCGACCAAUAACUUCUACUCAAGAAACCUCAUAGGGGAAGGAGGCUAUGGCCUAGUGUACAAAGGAAAACUAGGUGGUAUGCCAGUGGCUAUCAAGCUGUUGAGACCCCAUGGUAAACACCAUGGUAGACAAGGUUUUCCAGAGUAUCAGCAGGAGGUCGUUGUGCUGAGCAGAGUCAAGCACCCACACAUCGUGAAGCUGAUCGGCGUGUGCCCGGAAUCAUGCGGCCUCGUCUACGAGUACCUCCCCAACGGCACACUCAUGGACGGGCUCUCCAAGGGGCUUCCAUGGAAGGACCGUAUCAGGAUCCUCAGCGAACAGCGUUCCGCGCUGGCGCACCUCCACUCGAGCCGACCCCACGCCAUCAUCCACGCGGACCUGAAGCUGACGAACAUCCUCCUCGAUGCCGGGAACGUGAGCCGGCUAGGAGACUUCGGGACGGCGCGCGUAGUGCAGAUGAAGCCGCUGGAGGAGGACACCAUCUGCCGGCGGACGAACCCGAUGGGCACGAUGGGGUACAUGGACCCCGUCUUCUUCACGACAGGCGAGCUCACUGCAGAGUCGGACGUCUACGCGUUCGGCGUGGUGAUCCUGCAGGUCCUCACGGGGCUGCUCGACCUCAACAUCGUCGAGCAGGUGCAGGAGGCGAUGAAGAUGGACGCCGUGCACGGCCUGCUGGACGCCUCCGCUGGCACCUGGCCAGAGGUGCAGGCGGAGCGGCUCAUGCGACUGGCGCUGAGGUGCUGCAACCUGGAGCGGAACCGGCGGCCAGCUGCCACCUCUGACGCCGACUGGCGAUCGCUGGACAUCCUGCGGACCAUGGCGACUGCAAGUAAAUCCCGGAAAUGGAGUCAUGCAAACUGAAGAACCAUGCCAGCAGCACCACCGUGCAUCGACGAAAUGCCAAAAGAAGAUAAUGGGUCUGGUUUGUGAAUCUAAACUGCAUUUGCGUUUAGUUUGUGAUGCCAUAGCAUUUCUCUUGUGAAUGUGCAUUCUUAAACUAGUUAGAACAUAAUGUACGAUAGGACAGAACAGUGCAUCCCUCCCAUUGCAAACUUUUUUUAUCAUGUCAAUGGAGUGGUAAACAAUAGUUAAAUGUGUGUAGAAAUUUCGGGAAGCGCAGUCCAAACA